AGAUAACCAUCCUUCUGCCAGACUUUCUCUCUUCCCCGGGGACGGACGGACCCGCUCGGACUCGGACCGGACUCUCGGUUGUCAGUCUGGGUUCUGUGGUCCGCUCGGUCCGGUUCUGUUGCGUCAUGGAGCGGCGGGAGGGCGACGCGACGGCGGCGGCUCAAACUUUUUCGUCCCAGGCGGAGCAGAUCAUGGAGGCGGCGGUGGAGGCGGCGGUGGAGGUCCUGCUGCAGAGACUGGACCGGCGGGGCCCGGACGGCGCCGAGAACCGGGUGGACUUGGCGUCGGUCCUGGAGCUGGUCUUCAGGGAGGCGCUUCGUAAACUCUGCAGAGUCUUCACUGAGCUGUACCUGACGUCUGUGAAGGACAGGGAGGCUCUGCUGACCGCCGUGGGCCGGCUGGAGGCCGAGGUGAGGCUGAAGGACCAGCAGAUCUCAGCUGUGAGGAAGACGCAGCACAAGGCCAAAGCAUCAGACAAACCCACUCCAUCUGUGAACCAAUCAGCUUCCACACCCUCCGUCCUCAGCGCCACUCAUCGACCAAUCAGCGGCCCUCAGACCUCGCUCGUCCUCAUCAGCCAGCCAAUCAGAGGACAGAACAGCCAGGUCAGCGAUUCACUGCUGGAGAAAAUGAACCAAUUGGCUGCCUCCACUCCGUCAGCAUCAGCGGAUCCGACCGACGUUGAGGCCGAGGUGGAGCUGGAGGCCAACACCGAUGACCCUGAUGACCCCUCAGAGACCACUUCACCCUUUGUGGACGAACAGCCAAUCAGAGAGGACGGAGAGGACACACCCACAGCUGACCUCGAACAGGAAACACAGGGGAAGGUUGAAGCAGCUGAAAUAAAACCUGAAGAGAAGAUGAUGACCAGCAGUCAGACAGCGCUGAGUGGGGAGGACCUGAAGGACCUGGAGAGGAAGCGGCGAAGGGAACUGUACAAGGAGAAGAGGUUCUUCUGUGAGCUCUGUAACAAAGGCUUCCACCAGAAACACCAGCUGAUGAAGCAUGUGUCGUGUCACCUCAAACCCUUCCCCUGCACCUCCUGUGAUAAGGGCUUCUACCGUGUAGAGACGUUGCACAGACACAUGCUGUCCCACCAGCUGAGGGAGGCCCAGGACCAGGACCCGGACCGGCUGCUGCCUUGUGACCAGUGCGACCGCAAAUUCAGGACACUGAGACAACUGCGCUGCCACCAGAUCACACACCAGCUCCAGAAAAGCCCACUGAAGUGUGACGAGUGUGAACGCACCUUCACCUCGGCCGCCGCGCUCAGGUAUCACGAAGUGUCUCACGCCAAAGUGAAGCCGUUCAUGUGCGACGUCUGCGGGAAAGGCUUCACCCGGAAGAAGAGUCUUCGCGAGCACCAGACGAUCCACACGGGGGCGCGGCCCUACCCCUGUCAGACCUGCGGGAAGAGGUUCUCCACCGCCAGCAACCUGCGAGUCCACAAGAGGUCGCACUCGGACGAGCGGCCCUACAAGUGCACCGAGUGCGACAAGGCCUUUAAGUGUAAGAUGGGUCUGCUGCAGCACCGGGUGGUCCACUCUGGGGAGAAACCCUUCGUGUGCCAGACCUGUGGACUCAGCUUCGGCCUCAAGUACAACUUCCAGAGACACCUGAGGCUCCACAAUGGAGAGAAACCCUUCAGGUGUGAUAAAUGUGGUGAAGGCUUCUCUGGGACCUGGGCUCUGAAGACCCACAUGCUGGUUCAUGGCGUGGAGAAGCCGUUCAUGUGUGACCUGUGUGGGAAGACGUUCUUCUACAACUGCCAGCUGCAGAAGCACCAGCAGCUCGUUCACAGCGACAAAGGGGACGGGAAGACGGGCGGUGGCAGCGGCGUGGGGAGGCGGAAGGCCACCGGAGUCAAACCCUUCAGCUGUAAGAUCUGCCUGAAGAACUUCAGCAGCACCAGCACCCUGAGGACGCACGAGAAGAGCCACGCCGAGAACAAGGAGUUCACCUGCCCGGCCUGCGACAAGUCCUUCCACCUGAGACACCUGUACCUUUACCACAUGAGGCAGCACAGCGGAGACCGGCCCUACGUCUGCUCCAUCUGCCAGAAGGGCUUCCUGCUGUCUUCGCAGCUCAAGCAGCACCAGCUCCUCCACACCGGCGUCAAACCCUACAAGUGCGAACAGUGCGGGAAGGAGUUCAGGACGUCGCAGAACUACCACCGCCACCUACUGGUCCACACCGGGGAGAAGCCCUAUGAGUGUGCCGUGUGCAGCAGGAAGUUCAGGCAGUCCAACCAGCUCAAGUCGCACAUGCAGAUCCACACGGGCAUCAAGCUGUACUCAUGUGGAAACUGUGGGCAGGGCUUCUCUGACUCCAGGCAACUGAAGAAGCACAGCUGUGGAGACGGACUCCAGAGCUCAGUGGAGUCCAGCACCAAGCGACGCAAACAGAAGAACACCUUCGCCUGGACCGAGGGCUUCGCAAACCCCUGAACAGACCUAGACUGGACCCAACCAGGAGACCCACUUCACCAACCCCUGAACAGACCUAGACCAGACCCAACCAGGAGACCCACUUCACCAACCCCUGAACAGACCUAGACCAGACCCAACCAGGAGACCCACUUCACCAACCCCUGAACAGACCUAGACCAGACCCAACCAGGAGACCCACUUCACCAAACCCUGAACAGACCUAGACCAGACCCAACCAGGAGACCCACUUCACCAACCCCUGAACAGACCUAGACCAGACCCAACCAGGAGACCCACUUCACCAACCCCUGAACAGACCUAGACCAGACCCAACCAGGAGACCCACUUCACCAAACCCUGAACAGACCCAGACCAGACCCAACCGGUUCUCCUGGAUUGUUGUCUUUUUAGCAAUGUUUGAAACAUGGGAUUAAAUGAAGUUGUCUGAGAUUUUGGAAAAGUCCUGGGACUAAAUUUCCAGGGAUUCUGACUCUUCACCUUGAUGCUACAGAAUGUUUUAAUUCAGAAAAGUGACACAAAUGGCAUGAUGUUCCUUUAGUUCAUCCUGAGGUGUGUUUUUCUUCCUACAGAAUCGACUGUAAAUCCACACUUGAACUAUUUCUUUAUACGGAUGAAGCUGAUUUGUCUGUUUUUCAGCUCUGAUUAAUGAGUUUUUUUGUUCCUGAGUUUUGUCUGUUGAAUAAAGGACUGAACUUAUCAGAUUUAGACACUGA